CCACGCGUGGUCACGUGACCUGGCCCGAGAGCGGGCGGUCGAAGGCGGAAGUGGGAGAGGAGUUGGGCUCCGCUUCUGUGGUCCCGUCAGCAUCCUGGUGAUGACAUGGCAUCUGCCAGCUCCAGCCGGGCAGGGGUGGCCCUGCCUUUUGAGAAAUCUCAGCUUAUUUUGAAAGUGGUGUCAGCAAAGCCCAAGGUGCAUAGUCGUCAACCUCGAAUUAACUCGUUUGUGGAAGUGGCAGUGGAUGGGCUCCCCAGUGAGACCAAGAAGACCGGGAAGCGAAUCGGGAGCUCCGAGCUUCUCUGGAACGAGAUCAUCAUUUUGAAUGUCACGGCCCAGAGUCAUUUAGAUUUGAAGGUCUGGAGCUGCCACACGUUGCGAAAUGAACUGCUAGGCACCGCCUCUGUCAACCUCUCCAACGUCCUGAAGAACAAUGGGGGCAAAAUGGAGAACACGCAGCUGACCCUGAACCUGCAGACUGAGAACAAAGGCGGCGUUGUCUCGGGUGGUGAGCUGACAAUUUUCCUGGACGGGCCGACUGUUGAUCUGGGAAGCGUGCCUAAUGGCAGUGCUGUGACAGACGGCCCACAGCCGCCUUCCAGAGAACCCAGCGGGACAGCUGUCGCCGCAGAGAACCGGCACCAGCCCCCCAGCACAAACUGCUUCGGUGGGAGAUCCCGGACACACAGACAUUCAGGUGGUGCAGCCAGAACAGCCACAGCGGCCAGCGAGCAGAGCCCCGGUACUAGCAGCCGGCACCACCAGCCCAUCAAGAACCCAAGCCACAGUGGCUUGGCCAACGGCACAGUGAGUGAUGAACCCACUGCAGCCACCGAUCCUGAAGAACCCUCUGUGGUUGGUGUGACAUCCCCGCCUGCUGCAUCGUCGAGUGUGACCCUAAAUCCCACUGCUGCGGCUCUCCCUGCCACCGCCACACCGGCCGAAGGAGAGGAGCCCAGCACUUCGGGCACCCAGCAGCUCCCAGCGGCCUCCCAGGCCCCCGAUGCUCUGCCUGCUGGAUGGGAGCAGCGAGAGCUCCCCAACGGGCGUGUCUAUUAUGUGGACCACAAUACCAAGACCACCACCUGGGAGCGGCCUCUUCCUCCAGGCUGGGAGAAACGCACAGACCCCCGAGGCAGGUUCUACUAUGUGGAUCACAACACUCGGACCACCACCUGGCAGCGCCCUACAGCCGAGUACGUGCGGAACUACGAGCAGUGGCAGUCCCAGCGGAGCCAGCUCCAGGGCGCCAUGCAGCACUUCAGCCAAAGAUUCCUCUACCAGUCUUCGAGUGCUUCCACUGACCAUGACCCACUGGGCCCCCUCCCUCCUGGCUGGGAGAAGAGACAGGACAAUGGACGGGUGUAUUACGUGAACCAUAACACACGCACUACCCAGUGGGAGGAUCCUCGGACCCAGGGGAUGAUCCAGGAGCCAGCUCUGCCUCCGGGGUGGGAGAUGAAGUACACCAGCGAGGGGGUGCGUUACUUCGUGGACCACAACACCCGAACCACCACCUUUAAGGAUCCUCGCCCCGGGUUUGAGUCUGGGACGAAGCAAGGUUCCCCUGGUGCCUACGACCGAAGUUUCCGGUGGAAGUAUCACCAGUUCCGCUUCCUCUGCCACUCAAAUGCUCUCCCCAGCCACGUGAAGAUCAGCGUCUCCAGGCAGACACUUUUUGAGGAUUCUUUCCAACAGAUCAUGAAUAUGAAGCCCUAUGACCUGCGCCGCCGGCUCUACAUUAUCAUGCGCGGCGAGGAGGGCCUGGACUAUGGAGGCAUCGCCAGAGAGUGGUUUUUCCUCCUGUCCCACGAGGUGCUCAACCCCAUGUACUGUUUAUUUGAAUACGCCGGGAAGAACAAUUACUGCCUGCAGAUCAACCCCGCCUCCUCCAUCAACCCCGACCACCUCACCUACUUCCGCUUUAUUGGCAGAUUCAUUGCCAUGGCUCUGUACCAUGGAAAGUUCAUCGACACGGGCUUCACCCUCCCUUUCUACAAGCGGAUGCUGAACAAGAGACCAACCCUGAAAGACCUGGAGUCCAUAGACCCCGAAUUCUACAACUCCAUCGUCUGGAUCAAAGAGAACAACCUGGAGGAGUGCGGCCUCGAGCUGUACUUCAUCCAGGACAUGGAGAUCCUGGGCAAGGUGACGACGCACGAGCUGAAGGAAGGCGGGGAGAGCAUCCGGGUGACUGAGGAGAACAAGGAAGAGUACAUCAUGCUGCUGACCGACUGGCGUUUCACCCGGGGCGUGGAAGAGCAGACCAAAGCCUUCCUAGAUGGCUUCAACGAGGUGGCCCCCCUGGAGUGGUUGCGCUACUUUGAUGAGAAGGAGCUGGAGCUGAUGCUGUGCGGCAUGCAGGAGAUAGACAUGAGCGACUGGCAGAAGAACACCAUCUACCGGCACUACACCAAGAACAGCAAGCAGAUCCAGUGGUUCUGGCAGGUGGUGAAGGAGAUGGACAACGAGAAGAGGAUCCGGCUGCUGCAGUUUGUCACUGGGACCUGCCGCCUGCCCGUUGGGGGCUUCGUCGAACUCAUUGGAAGCAAUGGGCCACAGAAGUUUUGCAUUGACAAGGUUGGCAAGGAAACUUGGCUGCCCAGGAGCCACACCUGUUUCAACCGGCUGGAUCUGCCACCAUACAAGAGCUACGAACAGCUGAAAGAGAAGCUGCUGUACGCCAUCGAGGAGACCGAGGGCUUCGGACAGGAGUAGCUGAGGCCACCCUCUCCCACGCCCCCCAGCACAUAUGCAGUCCUGAGUCCUCCCUGCCCGAGAGGCUGCUGGCUGCGCAGCCCCCGGGAGGCCCCUGCAGACGGUGGCCCUGUGUGGGACCACAGCGUCAUCAGGCUGGUGGCAGCAGAGCCUGCCUUCAAGAAGCCCCACCUGCCCCUCCCUCCUACCCACUGGUGGCAGCCUGGAAUAAAGCCCCCAUGUUACCCUCGGUCCCAUCACCCACUGCAACGUCGGGAGAGCUGCCCCUCUGUGCAGAGCUCACCCUCCUUCUCCCCGAGACCUGCCCUAGCUGUGUGUGAGGGUGCCAGGCAGGGCGCCCGUGCCCAAGCCCUGGGCCUCACGGGCUGGCUAGGUGAGAAGGAGACCGGUCACUCGGGGUAGGUGUUCUGGGCUAAGGAAGCCCAAGGUCUUCGCCAGUAAAAGAGGUUCUGUUUUAUAUAGAACUUUCCAGUGACCUGUGUAAAGGAAGGUCUGAGGGAGAGGAGCUCUGGAUCAAGGCCACCUCCCUCAAUGGCUCUAGCUCCCGAGGCCGAGCAGCAAGGCCCCUUCCUGCACUCGGCGCGGGCCCGUUCGUUCUUUCCAGCAGAUAAAGGGUCAUGUCAGUGGGAUGGAAACAGCAAACGCCCUCAGACUUUCUUUUCCCUUUGACAUAAACUUGAAGCAUUUUGUGUGUGGGGUUGCUUUGUGUUUCGUGGUUGCUAUGCUGCUGUCACUUUCCAUCAAGGAGCUGGCGUUCCAGGCAUGGCUAGGACCUUGACGGCCCCAGCCCUGUUGGUCCAAGAAUUGCCCCAACAGCAGCUCCACUUAGGAACCUGCUCAGCAGUUGUGUGAGCUCAGGCAGGCCUGCCCUGGCAGCUCAGCAUCACAGCAGCGUUGUCCCUGAGCCCUGACAGAGAGGGAAGGGCGCUGUUGUCCCUAGUGCCACCCCAACCUUGCCCUCUCCCUCCGCAAAGAACCCCCCCCCCCCCGCCCCCGCCACUGCUAGAUGUAGCGAUGGGGCUCAAGUCCCUGGACCUCCAGGCAGCCCGUGCGUCCGGGUGGAGAAUGAGGUGGGACGCAGCCACUGUGGAGUGAGUCUACUCCCCCUCCAAGUGAGGCGACAGCUGCUUGUAGGAAACCAGCAGAAGGGCCCUGAGCUGCCAUGCCCAGUCGGUCCUGAUUUCUGGAGCUCCCGCCAGCCUCUGCUGUGGGCAUCCUGCCAUGUGUUGCAAUCGUCAAGGUGAACACACUCCCCUGGGAAGCUGGAGUGGUGACUAUCGCGGGGCCCCCAUGCAGCCCUCGGGCCGGUCCAGGGGCCUUCUGAGGACCCUGUCAUGGUCCCAGGGCCUCGUCCUUCCCCGGCCCGGCCCAGGGAGGAGGGCCCCGGCCGCUCUAUUGCGCGUGCUGAUGUCAGCGGCUCAGUUCAUCUCGGCUCAACCUUUUUUCCUUCCCUGGAAUCGUUUGCCGUGCUUCCCUGCAGCAUCUCACCGUGUUGGGGGUUGGGGUGCCAGCUGCCAGGCGGGGUUUGGAAGCCUCGGGCUCUGGGUGUGCUGAGUGUGUUCAUGUGGGUGUGUGUGUACAUAAGUGUAUAUAACUGAGGUGUCUGUACGGAAUGCCCUUUGGUAGCUCUGAGGUGGUCACUAGAUUGUUUUGUAACGCUCCCCGCCCUUGCCUCGGUAUUGCCAGUUUCUUGUGCAAUAAACAAUCAGCAGCUGUG